AUGUCCGAACUAUUCGACAAGCCUGAUCGUAGUUUACAAUUUAUUCGAGCAUUCGAUGGAGACAAAGUCGAUUUUCAUGAGUUAAUGAAAGGAUAUGGAUCAACAGUUGAUUCUCCGACAUCGGAUUUUUAUAAAGAAAUUCAUAAGGCUUAUCCGAAAGCAAAAAUUGUGCUCACUGUACGAGAUAGUGGCGAAAAAUGGUUUGAGAGUUUCCAAAAUACCGUUGGACCUGUUUCUGUAGACAAUUAUUAUUAUUUUGCUGUCUAUCUUAUUUGA